AUGGAGGGGGCCUUUACCCUUGCUGAGCCUAGACUGGACUGGGGCACUAUGGUGGGAGUGCACCGGUUGAUUUGGCUGGGUAUACUCAGCAUCCUGGGUAAAGUCACGUUGGGAGCCCUGGGCCUGAGUCCUCUCCUAGUUACGCUUCGGUGUGCGGUAGUCAUGUCCAGCUCGAUAUUUUUGGUAUAA